AUCAUUGAUUCUAUCUGCGCCGCCGUUUGCGGAAGGAAGUUCCUUACUCUGCGCCUUUCCGAUUUCAAGAUGGUUGCCUGGUCUGUUUAAGUGAGAUCUCCUUCACCUUUCUCCGUUUGUGUUUGUGUUUAAAAGCUGGAUAUGACGCACUAAAGGACCCGACGGAAAUAGAACUAAAGGGGUUCUAAAAUGGCGAACCGCACGGUGAAGGAUGCACACAGCAUCCACGGCACCAACCCUCAGUAUUUGGUGGAGAAAAUCAUUCGGACUCGAAUCUAUGAAUCCAAGUACUGGAAAGAGGAGUGCUUUGGGUUGACGGCUGAACUUGUAGUCGACAAAGCCAUGGAGUUAAGGUUUGUGGGUGGCGUCUAUGGUGGCAACAUAAAGCCAACACCCUUUCUGUGUUUGACAUUAAAGAUGCUUCAGAUUCAACCGGAGAAGGAUAUCAUUGUUGAGUUUAUAAAAAAUGAAGACUUCAAGUAUGUUCGCAUGUUGGGAGCACUUUACAUGAGACUGACAGGCACUGCAAUUGAUUGCUACAAGUACUUGGAGCCUCUGUACAAUGACUAUAGGAAAAUUAAGAGCCAGAAUCGAAAUGGGGAGUUUGAACUGAUGCACGUAGAUGAGUUCAUUGAUGAACUACUGCACAGUGAGAGAGUCUGUGAUAUCAUUUUGCCCCGGCUACAGAAACGCUAUGUGCUAGAGGAAGCUGAGCAGUUGGAACCUCGGGUUAGCGCUCUAGAAGAGGAUAUGGAUGAUGUGGAGUCCAGUGAAGAGGAGGAAGAGGAAGACGAGAAGUUGGAGAGAGUACCAUCACCUGAUCACCGCCGGAGAAGCUACCGAGACUUGGACAAGCCCCGUCGCUCCCCCACACUGCGCUACAGGAGAAGUAGGAGCCGGUCUCCCAGAAGGCGGAGUCGGUCUCCCAAAAGGAGGAGCCCCUCCCCUCGCCGAGAAAGGCAUCGGAGCAAGAGUCCACGACGUCACCGGAGCAGGUCCCGAGACAGACGGCACAGAUCCCGCUCCAAGUCCCCAGGUCAUCACCGCAGUCACAGACAUAGGAGUCACUCAAAAUCUCCUGAAAGAUCUAAGAAAAGCCACAAGAAGAGCCGGAGAGGGAAUGAGUAAUGGACUCCGUUUGGGUUUGGUCCAAAUGGCCUACUGGAGAUAUGAAAACGUCUCUGUAUGUAGAAUGAUUAAGAUCUAUUCCCAAGGCAGCUAUGAGAAUAUUUUAGUUUUUGAUUUUUUUUUUUUUACCUAAAAGUGUCUCCACAAGAGGUGCUGAAUUUUGUAUCUCUUUUUUAAUACUAUUCCAUGUUUGAGGGAUUAUGCUCCCCAAGAGCUGCUUUUGACCUCUUUGACAACCAACACUGAGGAUUUGAGGAUGUGACCACCUAGUGAUCCUUUUGUUACUAAAUUUCAAGCACCCAUUUUCCAUCAUUCUGUAGUUUAGUUUUUGGUUUGCUUCAUGAUUGGAACUGUUCUGAGAAUCCUAAGAUUUGUGUAGCUAUUGCAUUGAAAGGCAAGUUAGGGUAGGUAUAAGGGGACUAAGUGGUAAUGAAACAAAUAAUAAAAUAAAAUUUCAAAAAGUUAAAAAAAAAAAAAAGAAAGGCAAGUUAGUAGAACGUGUAAGUGCCAAUUUUUUCCCCAGCAGUAGCAAGUGACAGUAAACAUGAGAACUGACUGACUUGCAGCAGCUUUAUAAGGAAAGAAUGCAAAUGUGAGUCUUACGGAUUGUUUAACUCAGAUGCAUUGAACAUUUCAAAGUAAUUUAACACCUUUUAAGAGUAUUCUUUCAAUGUUUCUUCCACACAAACCUUGAAUUCCAGGUUAAGAUGCUUAGCCUUUAUUUUACACGCACUGACAUUAUUCUAGUCUAGGCAGUGGCAGGUCAACAAAAUUGAAAAGAUUUGACAGAGACAAAAGUAAUACCACUCAGAGUUCUGAUCUGAAUUGUUGGAAAACAGUGCUAUUCACAGAGCCAGAAAAUACAGUUGGAAUAUACCGGGUUUUAGAAGGGGCAGUUAGAAUUGUGGUAGUGAGAAUACAUUGCAUUCAGGUCAACUUAGAAGUUAAUUUGAGACAGCUGUGUUAUAUCUAAACAAACCUCAGACAGUUGGAAAUAGGGAAUGGAAUUGAGCAUAGUGAUCUAGCCAUGAAUUGACAAUGUUUAGGUAAUUGUGGAUGUGUAGAAUUGAACAGAUUGCCCAGGGAUUGUGUGUUUAUGUAGGAAAAGCCAAUAACAGUCAUAGGCAAGAGCAACACUGGUAAGAGGAAGAAACGCAGUCACGAUUGAAAACUGAAAUGAACCAUUCAGAAAGAAUGAGAAGUUAGUUGUAAGGAUGCAGAAGCAAAGUAAGGACUAAAGAAUGUCCAUGUGCCUAUGAGCACUGAUAAUCAAAAGGGUGUCAGGAUCCUUGCUAGAAAAAGUUACGUUUACCUGUACGUUACCUUUCCUACUUUAAAAAUGGAAAAGUGAUUGGAUGGCUUUCUAUAUAGCUCUAGUCCCAGCAAAAAUUGUGAAUACCAACAGCCUCACACAGGAUGGAUCCAGUUUCUUGGGAAGCUGUAUAUGGCCACAGGAUUUACAUUCUAUUGCUUGCUUGACCUGAGGGACUUUUGCAGCAAUACUGACCUAUUUAGGUAUCAUGCUGUGAUUUCAGAUUUUCCAGUGAUUCUACUCCUGAUAAUACUUUGGCUAAUAAAAGUUGUCCACCAGAGCUACUGCGGUUUAUCGUACCACUAUAUGUGACUGUCUUUAAAAAUUAAGUAUAAGCACCUCUAUUUGCAUCUGUUACAGAGUCCCAGCAGCUAUUUCUUACCAAUGAUUUAAGUAGAAAGGAAUGUCUUGGCUACAUAACCUGUGAAGCAACCAAGUCAUCCAGUGUAUUAUUAAAAUAUUUAAAGUUCACUUUAAAAUGAAAAUUUUUCAUUGUCUUUAAAAAAACCACAAUUUUUAGAAACAAAAUAAACCUCCCCAAACAUAAAAUUAAAGCAUACUUAUUAGGCAUAUGGUGAAAUCUGGACCAAAUUGGGGCAGCAAGCCAAUCUGUAGUAGGAAGCAGACCGUCCCUAUCCUCUUGUUGGUGCAAAGACAACAGUUGGUGGAUGUGAUGAACAUCAAUCUGUAGAUAGUUUUGAUAAAUUUGCAGAUCAAAUAUGAUAGAUUUGCAGAAGAGAUGGAGCUUGCUGAAGGCCCAUUUCUGUCAUCUAUCUACUAGUUAGACUAGUAAAUGAGGCCUUGAAACUGUAACUUUAUGGCUUUACCUCUGGCCUAUAAAACAUUUUUUGCAUCUUAUCAGGAAAAAAUUCUUAUACCAUAGACAAAAUACAUUCUGGUGUUUUCUAUAUAGUAACAGUUUUUAAUGUUGGGUGCAGACAACUAAAUUGAAUUUACUUCACACAAUUUGAAUUAUACUGCCUUAAAAGCUUUGCCAUUGGGCACAGUGACUUGUCAAUACUAAAAAAUGAAGGGAAAAGAUUGUUCUGAGAGGCUUAUGACAUAACAAUCUAAGUCAAGUCUCAUUCCUCCUAGCCCUUUUAUAUUAUUUUCAGCAGACCUAAAUUUAAAUAAGCAUUAAUCAGAAAACGAAGAUCACAAGUGCUGGCCACCCUUCAAAAACUUAAGGUAACAAUUUCUCCACACACUCAGAAACCAUAUAACAAAAUGAUCUGUUUCAGAAAAUGCAAAUAUAAAAACUAAGAGAUUAAAAGAGAUGGAAAAUUAGCUUGGCAGAGUAUAAAAUGAAGAUGUGAAAAACUGGAAAAAUGAAACCUUAGAAAACAAAAUGUAAAUAAGGCAUUGAGAAAAUAGGCUGGAGAAAAUUAAAAAUGUAGAAUAAUAAAAGCUGAAGAUAAAACAAAACCCUGCAUGUGCAUAACUGGCAUUCCUGAUGAGAACUGUUAGCAGAUCAAACUUAAAAAUUCAAAUAGAAAAACAUCCUGAAAUAAUUAAAAACAGCCUAUCAAGAAAUACCCUGAUAAGUUUGAGAAUAUCAAAUCAUGCAUAGUGAGGAAAAAAUCAAAGUCUCAGAUCUUACAUCAUACUUCAUGUGGCAAUGACAGUGCCAGGAAUUUUAUACCCAACCCAAGUUGUCUUUAAAAUACAAAGGGAGUGGUCAUUCUUAAGGAUGCAAGAAAUGAAUCAAAGUAAGGACCCAGGAAAAAAGCAGUAAAAGGAGUGGUAGUGAACAUCUUAGAAACUUUCAAUAAAUAUUGAGAAAUUAUUUUAAGAUCAAGUUAUGUAUUUGAACAUUUGUUUAUAUAGGAAUAAUACUGCCAGGAAGGAGAGACACUGUACUAGUUUCAUUUCUCAUAAUAGGAGUCAUAUAUACUGUCUAAUUAAAGUAACUAUCCUCAAUUUUCAGAGGAAACUUAGAACUACAUUCUCAUAGAAAAUUUUAAAGUGGAGCAUUUUGCCACCUUUAUACUCUUGUUAAAUCCAAGUAAAAUUAAUUUGCUAUAUUUACUCAGUACAGCAUAGGAGCCCGGUUUUUUUUUUGUAAAACUAUACAUGUGUCUAUGUUUAAGAGAGAUGGCUGGAAUGAAUAAAAUCCUCCAGAUAAUAGUAUUUA